UAUUUAUAGAUGUUUGUUCCUAUUAUCGUCUGAGACAAUCUGAAACGAAAAGUAUAAAUAUCAUCACGCAAAUCAUCACGUAAAUCAAGUCAUUUGGAUCUUAAGCCCGAGGAGGACGAACGGAAAGAUCGAAGGACUUCACGUCGUAUUCACGCUAAGACAUUCUCUCGCAGAAACAGACCAACACUGCUGAAACAUUACAUUUAUCAUUGUCAAUUUAGAGGAAACGGAAGAAAAAAGAACUGGUGAUAAAUAUUGCACAUGGAUGGCUGCAAAAUUUUCAGCUGCGUGUUUAAUCCAAUUUAGAUAGUCGUGACCACUACGCCGCUCUCUUGCGUUUGAAAUGAAAGGAUAUCAUCAAAUAAUAAUUUGUGUUUUAACCUUCUGCAUGGUCAAAGUCACCAGCCAAAAAAGUGCGGGAUCAAAACACUGUGAUGCAUUUCGCCACUGCGACUGGAAGAAGGCACCCACUCUAUUCGUGAAAGUUCCAACACAAAGGGUUGUAUGUUCGAUGAAGAGCAGCACGGGUGAACCAUGUACCAUGGACAUAAACCAGAUUUUAAAAUUACUACCGGCCAGCAGCGAUGUCGUGCUGUACUUUGUCACCGACUGUUUAACUCCGACGCAAAUUUCUUUUAACAAUUCUUUAAACGUCACCAAGAAAAACAUCAUAUCCUACAUGCAGAUCAUGAGACAUUGCCGCAUUUCAGUAGAGGCCCUAUCUGUCUGGGGGCAAGCCACAGAUUUUCGGGUGUUCUACGCAAUGGCGAACACAACUUUAAUGGAAACGAACGAAACAUUAAAAACUAGCUCACGUCGAGCACUGAAAAACAUUGGUUCUCUUGCUAUUGACAACUCUAACCCGCGAGGCAUCCCCAGAAUUUUUAGGAAAUACGUCUGGCCAAAGAUGGCCGAAGUCUCACUUUCCAAUUUACAGCUUUCCUCAAUCCCUGUAAACCUAAAUAACAUCAUGCCGCUACUUCAGUCUCUAGAGGUUUCUCACAACAAUUUUUCAAGACCACCGCCAUUUCCUUGGUGCAACACCACACUUGAACUGCCGAGAGGACUGGAGAGAACGCCAACUGCAAAUCACCACUAUCAAUUCGGCACCAUCGUUAAUCCGAAGUUGUACCGACGAUUCUUCGAUUUGUCGUAUAACAACAUCGUAGAUUUGGCGACCCACGAAUUUAAAGGACUUCUAAAUGCUUUAAAUCUAGAGGGAAAUGGACUAAAAGCAGUUGGACCAAAGUGUUUCCUCGGUUUGAAUGGAAUACAAGUAAUAAACCUAAGAAAUAACAAAUUGAAUGAUUUGCCUUCACAAUUAUUCCAAGGACUCCGAAGUCUCCUGAAAUUACGACUAGAUCACAACAAUAUCUCGUCUUUACCGAUCCAACUUUUUAAAAACCUCACAAACAUCAAAAGAAUUGACUUAGGAAGUAACAAACUGAGCUUCGUUCAAAAUGAAUUGUUCACCAACUUGAAAUCUUGUGAAAUAUUGAAUUUAAAUGAUAAUCAAAUCACUCUUGUGGAUGAUGACGCUUUUCCCACCGAUUCAAGUUCUUUGCAAAAGAUUAACCUCCAAAACAACAAAAUAACGCGGAUUCCUUCAUCUUUACUCCUGCAACGACAUGCUACAGAAAUAAAUCUGUCAUUCAAUGAAUUGAAUUUUCAAGAUCUUAGAAACCUCUUCAAGCAAAUAGACUUAAACACGUUUUUGUACCACCAUCGUGAUACGGCAAGUUCAGUCCGGUUUAGACUAAAGGAAAGCUUCAAUCAAAUCAGCUUUGCCUAUAAUAAAUUUUCGAAAAUAAACGUCAAGACACUCAACAAAACAGAGAUAGGUCUGUUUGAGUUUCUCCUGCAAAUUUAUACAAUCGACAUGACUGGGAACCUCCUGAAGUGUGAUUGCGAUAUCUUGGUUUUGACUCGCUGGCUUCGAUCAUUGAUGCUGAAGCAUCCGCGUAUUCAAAAUGUGCACUUUGAAACUUGGAAAUGCACGGCUCCUGAUGAAGUUAAGGAUAAACCUAUACUAUCUGUACACGAAGACGAGUUCAAAUGCCAGAGAAAUCUCAAAAACUGUCCUCAAAGAUGUUUGUGUUAUGUACGAGCCAUGGAUGAAGCUGUGGUCAUCGACUGCAAAGGAAGAAACCUUACUGAGCUUCCUUCCAAGGUUCCAAGAGGUAAUCUAGUUCUUCAUGCAGAGAACAAUAACAUCCGGGAGAUUCUUCCACAUUCCUAUUUAGAAAACGUUUCAGCACUUUAUCUCACUGAAAACGAUAUCCAUGUCGUAAACGAGUCCAUAGUAAGAAAGUUAACGCAAACUAAAAUUCUUUUCAUUGAUUCGAAUAAGCUGACCAGUUUACCGCGGAACAUUGAAGACGUCAAUUUCACCAUUCUCGCGAUAAACCACAAUUUCUUCAAGUGCGACUGUACAACAAAAUGGAUGAAGUACUGGUUGCUAAGAGAGUCAAGUAAAAUUCAAAACAUGGAAAACGUUUUGUGCAACUCCGAGAAUGCUCAAGGGAAAGCAAUUUACAGCCUACCAGAUGAUGAGUUUGUUUGUCAAAUUUCUGCCAACGAUGAUACAAAUACGCCGUCCACAACAAUGGGUACUGAGUAUAAAGUCAUCGCUUUGACUCUUGCAGGUGCGCUGGUUUUGACUUUUAUCGUUUUCUUCGUGAUUUUCAAGUACCGCGGAGAAAUGAAAGUGUUCAUGUUCACUCACUUCAACUGGCACCCAUUUGAUCGCAUAGACGACUCCGACCCAAGUAAACUAUACGAUGCGUUUGUGUCUUACAAUGGCAAUGACCACCGUUGGGUGUCAAACACUUUAUGGGACAGACUUGAAAAUCACGACCCCCCCUACAAACUGUGUGUCCAUGACCGCGACUUCCAAGUGGGUAAAACAAUACAAGAAAAUAUUUUCAAGAGCGUCGACCAAAGCAAGCGAAUGAUCAUGGUGUUAUCCAAUAACUUCUUAAAAAGCGAGUGGUGCUUGCUGGAAUUCCGCGCCGCACAUCGGAAAGUUCUGGAGGAACGUACUAAUUAUCUAAUCAUCAUUUUGCUAGAUGACGUGAACAUGGACGAGCUUGAUGAAGAAAUGAAAUUAUACAUGCGCACUAACACGUAUCUCAGUGUCAACAACAAGUGGUUCUGGCAGAGACUGUACUACGCUAUGCCUCACAUAACAGUCAGGCAAAUAAGAGCAAGAAAUCUCUCGAAUACUCCCUCUAAUGUGACAUCGCAUUCUGUGGCUCAAAGCGUGUUCACUAAUGGGGCAUACUCUGUAUCUUAACCUUCCCACAAGUGUUUGACAUUCAACUCCACCCACAAAUUGUUACUUGUUAAUAGUCUAAUUGGCAGCUGUUCUUAAGGAUAUCACGCAACAUACCAAGCAAAAGAAAGAGUCACGAAAAAUUCCAAAGAACGGCUACGAACGGCCAUUAAAAUAAUUAAACAGCUCCUUGAAGAGGAGGUA